AUGUAAACAGAGAAACCUACACCAAAAACAGAGGCUGAUUAUUAAGCCUAAGCAGCAUAAUUAUCAGAUACAUAAUUAUAAGAGGAAAUUAAUAAACUAUAAAAAAGAGCACAUGAAUUAAGAAAUCAUUGUUCAAGAGAAGUGAAUCAAAAAAAACAAUAUGAAGAUUAAUUAGAAAGUACAAAGAAAAGAGUGUAUUAAAUUGUUAUUAUUUCAAGGGGUAUUAUGACAACACUUCCAUACUUGGUAUCAAAUAUUGUAGAAAUCUUGGACAUAGAGGCAGAAGAUAAAGAUUAACAAGAUCAAUCUGUGACUGAUGGUUAUGCUACAAUCUCUGGAAAAGGUGUAGUAAUCAAGACAACAACUAGAUAAACAAUCUUUUUACCAGUAACUGGCUUAUUGAAUGCAUCAUAAUUAAAACCUGCAGAAUUGAUAGGUGUCAAUAAAGAUGGUUAUAUGUUAUAUGAAAAAUUACCUACCGAAUAUGAUGCAAGAGGUAAUUCAAUACAUUUAACAUUAUAGUUAAGACUAUGGAAGUAGAUGAAAAACCAUAAGAAGAUUAUACAGAUAUUGGAGGAUUAGAUAAAUAAAUUGAAGAAUUAAGAGAAGCUAUUGUUUUACCUAUUGUACAUAAAGAGAAAUUUGAAAAUAUAGGAAUUAGGUAUUUAUAUUAGAUAUAUCAAAUCAAAUAGACCACCAAAAGGAGUACUUAUGUUUGGACCACCGGGUACAGGUAAAACUAUGAUGGCUAGAGCAUGUGCUGCUUAAACAAAGGCUACAUUCUUGAAAUUGGCUGGACCUUAAUUAGUAUAAAUGUUUAUUGGAGAUGGAGCUAAAAUGGUUAGAGAUGCAUUUUAAUUGGCUUAAGAAAAAGCACCUGCCAUUAUUUUUAUUGAUGAAUUAGAUGCUAUUGGAACAAAGAGAUAUGAUAGUGAUAAGAAUGGUGAUAGAGAAGUUUAAAGAACUAUGCUUGAAUUAUUGAAUCAACUUGAUGGUUUUAGUCCUGAUGAUAGAAUUAAAGUAAUAUUUAAUUAUAAUCUUAAUAGGUAAUUGCUGCUACUAAUAGACCUGAUAUUUUAGAUCCAGCUUUAUUAAGAUCAGGUAGAUUGGAUAGAAAGAUUGAAUUCCCAUUGCCAAAUGAAGAAGCUAGAGCAUAAAUUUUAAAGAUUCAUUCUAGAAAGAUGUCUGUUGCUAAAGAAACAGUUAAUUAUAUAGAAAUUGCUAGAAGUACUGAUGAAUUUAAUGGUGCUUAAUUGAAGGCUGUCUGGUAUAAAUUAAAUAUAUUAUAAAAUAGUGUUGAAGCUGGUAUGAUAGCAUUGAAUAGAGGAGGAACAUUCUUAAUUCAUGAAGAUUUUGUGGAAGGCAUUGCUGUUGUACAAGCUAAAAAGAAAAGUAGUUUAAAUUAUUAUGCUUGA